UUUCAUGCCAAAACUCCAAACCCUGGUUUUACUCGUCAAUCCUCAGUCCUCAGUCCUCACUCGUCCCUCUCAUCAGCUAUUCAGCUCAUCAAUCUCUCACACUCCGUCUCUCUCAGUCUCUCAAACUCUCUGUCUUCUUCAUUCACUCCACUCACAGCCCACAACGGCCAACACUCACCCGAAGCAACCAGCAGCUCAGCUCAAUCAUUCCGUCUCCGGCGUCUGUGUCGCCGCCUUCUUGGCCUCGUCAUCGCCGGCUCAGUCAAGCAGAAGCAGAAGCAGAAGCAGAAGCAGAAGCAGCCAGCAACACGCCCCUUGUUUGGACGUCGUCAUCUUCUUGGCCUCGCUGUCUCUGCCUUCUCGCCGGUCUCGUCGCCGUGAGUUCGCAGGAUUAGGGAGACACGGUUGAUUUAUCAGGACGCCUAAUAUCUCAAAUGCACACCGUCAAUGAGCUCUUAGAAAGACAUGUGCAACAUCUACGGCAUACUGUCUGACGAUCAUGGUUUCAGAAAGGAAGGGCGACUAUUAUCAGUAUCUGGCCAAAUUCAAGUGUGGUGAUGAGAGAAAGGAGGCUGCUGAUCAGUCCAUGAAAACAUAUCAAGUUUUCUUCUAUUUAUCUGUGUGCUGUUAAGGGUGCUGGAUGUUUCUUCAUGCCAUGCCUUUUAGGAACAACACACCAGAAUCCAUACGACUAAUUUCCAUGCAGACCUUCACUUCAAUGAUGAACGAAAUUCUAAACCCUUCAACACCAAAAAGCACGGUUUCAUCAAUCUUCAAAACCCUAAUCCACUCCCUCCUCCAUUCUCCAGAAUCACACCACAGCCAAAUCCUCAAGCUCAUAACUGACCUCUCUUCCCACCACCCUUCCCUUGCCCAACUCGCCCUUGACUCGCUCCAAUCCAUGUUGCCUCAACUCACCGACCCGCCGAGUCAACUCACCAUUGAGUACCUAGAUGCACUUGUCAACAUCUCGGAGAGGCCCGUGGAGGUUGACGACUCUCUCUUCACGUCGAUAUGCCUGGCGGCAUCGUUUCCGGUGAGGCUUUGGAUGGUGAGGAAUUCAGGUUGCCGGGUCAUGGUUCGACCCAAGUUGUUGUACCCGGUUUUGAUGGGGAUGACGAAGGAGCCUUACCCAUGUGUGAGGGAGGAAUCAUUGGAAGCAUUGGUUCGGUUGGGAGAGUGUGCAGUUUUUGAGGAGGUAAGCUUGGUGAAAGGUUGCUAUGAGCGUGGUGUUCAGCUUCUAAGUGAUAAUGAAGAUUGCGUGAGGAUCUCUGCUGUUCGAGUUGUAAGUACCUCCUUUACAAUCACAGGAUGAAAGAAAUUUAGGAUAAAAUACAUAUGUUGCAUCUUUUUUAUAUAUAUAUAUCUCUGUUCUGUGGUGAGAGAUAUGAACAUGAAGGUCAGGGUUGAAGUUUUUAAUGGCCUUGGAAAGAUGGAAAUAGUAUCCAAGGAACUUCUUAUGCAAAGCUUGUCAAAGAGGGUUUUAGUUUUGGAUCAAAGCCCAACUGAACAAUUUGUGCUGCUUGCAAGUAAUGUCGCUGGUGCACUAGUUCAUGGGGUUGAGGAUGAGUUCUUUGAGGUCCGGAAGUCUGUAUGCCAGUCCUUACGCGCCCUGACGGUACUCUCAGUUGAGUUUGCUCAUGCAGCCUUAAACUUGUUAAUGGAUGUCUUGAAUGAUUAUAAAGUGGAAGUUCGGUUCCAAGCUUUAGAAACUAUGCAUCACAUGGCAAUCAAUCAUUGUCUAGAACUUCAGGAAAAUUACAUGCAUAAGUUUCUUGAUGUUCUAGAGGACAAUAGUAGUGAAGUGAGAUUUUCUGCCAGGAAAAUAGUUCGACUAAUGAAGCUAAGAAAUCAUUUGUUGUUCAAAUCAACUAUGGAUGUUCUUCUAAAAAAUUUAGACAGCUAUCCACAGGAUGAAGCUGAUAUAUUUUCUGUUCUCUCUCAUCUUGGCCGAAAUCACAAGCAAUUUGUAGAUUUAAUUGCAAAUGAAAUCGCUGAUGAGGUAACAGCAAGUUUUGAAGGAAAUAGAGAAUUUAAUAGUGCAAGGAUGGCUGCUCUGUUAGUCCUAUCUAUAUCUGCUCCAUUCUUGAAUGCAGAUGUUGGCCCUAUACCACCAGUAAUAUUUUCUUUUGCGGCUACAUUUUUAAGUAGGAUUUGUUGCGCCUUUAGUGAUGUCAUGAAUCGAGACACCCUCUUGGAGUACCUUAUUCAGAAAAGCAGCUCGAUGGUGCAACCUGAAGUAAAUAUUAGUAAUGGGGAAGGACAGAAUCCCUUGGCCAAAGACGAUGUUCAAAAUGUUGCUGGCAAUGAGAUGAUUCAUUCUGAAAUAACUAUCAACAAUGGGGAAGGACAGUUGCCUUUAUCCAAAUACAAUGUUCAAAAUGUUGCUUUGGAAAUGAAGCCGCCAAAUGAUGUAGGCCAACAUAAGCAGCCAGUGCAUGAUAGUGUUGUUCUAACCUACAUAAACUACAUCCUUGUGAAGCUCCCUAAUAUAUGGCCAAAGGUACAAUCUUAUUCUGCAAACGAAGUGCUAUGUUCCUUGAGGCAUUGGAAGGAAGAAUUGACAUCUUUGACAUUUGACUCUUCUGCUCCUGCUGAUGCUUCAGCAUUUGCUUUAUUGUAUCUUAAAAUAAUAAAGUUGGUCGUAGAAGUCUGGGAUCACUUGGUGCGAAAAACGGAGGUGGUCUCUGGAACGGUUGAAUUGGAAGACAAGUUGGAAAAGCUUGACAGGAGGGCUAAAGAAUUGAUGAAUCGUUUUGUAGGUUUCUCUGCAGAAGAGGAAAUCUCUGUUCUGGAGCUAAUUUUGUUGACUUACACCCUCAGGCUUUGCAGAGCUGAAAUCUGCAGUCGCAAUUUCAUAUUCAAGAGGAUGACGAUCAUAUAUUUACGCACCGAGUCAUUCCUUAAAUUGAGAUCAGAUGUUGCUUCCGGUUUUGUAGCUGAACUUGGGAACUUAAUACGUGAAAGUAGCAACGGUGGAGCUUCCUGCAGUUCACUUGCUUUUGAUAACUGUCUAAAGUUGUUCUCCCCGAAGCGGUUGAUGAUUCCCGAAGGAAUCAGACAUAGAAGGGCAGAACUAAGUAUUCCUAACAAUUGCCCUGACUAUCCUCUUCCCUUUGCACCAGGACUAACUGCUAGUAUACCAUGUGACAUAACAAUACAUAACAUUUCAAGCAACUGCAGAGCGUGGGUUAGAAUGUGUAUAAAUGAUGGCUUUACACAACAUGUCUACUUAGAUUUGCAAAGUUUUGAAGUAUCGGGAGAGGUGAGAAAAAUUUCUUAUGCUGUGCCAUAUUACAGAACCCCAGAAGUUGAUUCUUUCAACUUGAAGGUUUGCAUUGGUUUAGAAUCUUUGUUUGAGAAUGUUACUCCAGUCCAAGCACAUGGGGGCCCAAAAUGUGAACUGGUACUUCUAUGUGAAGAGAAAAUAGUUUAUCUUUCGAGGGUCUUAUAAAAACGAAGUUAUGGCCAAUUAUCUUUAGCUUAUCAAAGAUUAAUUUAUCUAAUAUU